UUCUCCGGCUGUUUUACUCCUUCUUCGAGGUCCCUCCAAAAGUUCGCAAAGUGGAGACAGUGAGCAAAAAGGUUGUGGAGAAGGUUCUGGAGAGUAAGAUGAAGGGGAAGAAGGAGGAGAAGUCAGACCCGCCCCGGGAGGAUAGAGAGAAGAAUUCGAAGAACAAACGCGACAAGUCGAAGGAGAUGAAGCAGGGAAAGAUGUCGGGGAAGCGAGAGGUGGACGCCGCUGAUGUCCCAUUGGACGGCAGCCCGGGGGCGGCUCAGCAGCUGCCUGUGACGUCACAUGACACCAAGAUGGCCGCCGGACACAAGAGGAAGAACUGUGAGUCGGUGUGGGCGUUGUGUGCGUCCAACAGUGUGUCGCCGACGUCAGCCUCCGAGGGUGCGAUGAAGUGCCAGCGUCUGCAGGAAGUGGUUCCCUCCGACAGUCAGACGUGUGUGUCUCUGGCGUCCUCCGCCAAGUUCAAGGUCACGUCGCAAGAGAACAGUGGCUCUCCUGUGGCAGUCGCUGAGAAGUGGUCCAAGGCAGAGGGGGAUGUUGCGAAGUUUGAAAACGCCGUAAAACCUUCGGAAGCCAAAGUGCUGAAGUGCAGUCCCUCUGUGAGGGAUGGGAGGAAUGGAAUCGAAAAAUCCCUUAGCUCUCCUCUCACCGCUCCCCUCCCCUCUCCCCUCCCCUCUCCCCCGCCCAACUUGUUUGAGAGGAUGGAUUGUCUAAGCAGGCACACACACAAGGUGAGCGCUAAAGACUCCCGUGGGGUUUCGAACCCCGCACAGCCCGCCACCAGGGGGGACUCGAGCACCAACAAAAACCAUGUUCUGGUCAAGGAGACCAAAGUGGACAACGAGAGAGCCAAGGCCAAAGCCUCGGUCAAACCGGCCAAAGUCGAUGAUGUCAUCGCUGCCAGCCCUCCCGUGACAGUGGUCAGGACCCCGCCCAACCACUUGCGACCCCCGGCUGUGUCCACCCCGACCCGACUGACCGGCACUCUGACCAGAGACGCCGAGACUUCUGUGACCCCACCCAACCACUCGCGACCCCCGGCUGUGUCCACCCCGACCCGACUGACCGGCACUCUGACCAGAGACGCCGAGACUUCUGUGACCCCGCCCAGCCAAUCGCGACCCCCGGCUGUGUCCACCCCGACCCGACUGACCUGUACCCCGACCCGACUGACCGGCACCGCGACCCGAGGUCACACACAGACCAGAGACGCCGAGACUUCUGUGACCCCGCCCAAACCGACGCCCGAACCCAGGCAGCCCGUCACCAUGUCCAGCACUUCCUCUCAGACGACCUCGACCUUUGCCCCUGACGAGGUCAUCCCCAAAGGGCGGCCCCUGGGCAUGGAGGAGUCGCACGAUGGGUCAAAAUGUCCGCCACCGAGAAAGACGAGUUCUGUAGCGGGGACUCAAACCAAAGACCUUCUGGAUGUUGUUCCGGUGGACAACGGAGAAGCUGAGACGAUAACGCCAAACGGCACAAGCCUGAAAGUGUCGGCGGUCCAGACUGUGAGAUCCUCCACGCCCCAGGAGCCAACAAAACGCGGCGCUUGCCCGGAAAGAGAGACUAGCGCCGUAGCGUCUUCAACCACCGAAAGUCCCGGGCUCGCAGACCGCCCGUGUCCUGCCGCUGGUGACCGGUUCUCUGGGUCGAGGUCGCCUGUGUCCAUCCCUAAGACAACGGGCAGUCAGUCGGCGUCUGCCUCAGUGGUGACCGUAACGUCCACCGUCACUUCCCCCACCACCGUCACCUUCUCCUCCAAUCUCCCCGCACCGCCAAAACUUCUCAAGGCUUCCUCGACCACAACAACAAACAAAGCUGACUCCUCCUCCUCUUCCUCCUCCUCCUCCUCCUCCUCCUCCUCCUCCUCUUCCUCCUCCCCCUCUACAACAGUCAGCUCUGUGGGUACCCACUCUCUCCCUCCCUCGUCUGUGGUCAAGAGUUCGUCGUCUGUCCUCCCCCCGGCAUCGACCAGUGCCAGCAAAACUGCGACCAUAAGCACCGCCUCUGCUGGUGUGCUCACUACGACCUCCACCAAGGUGACCAGCUCCUACCCGCUCUCCCGAACCACCGCGACCUCCACCAAAGUGACCAGCUCUCACCCGCUGGCCCGAACCACCAGUUCUGUCCUCAGCACUAAGAUGUCCGCCGCAUCGGGGACGGGAACACACCGUGGAGUUUCCUCGUCCCCACCGAUGGUCAUCCUGGCCUUACCUCCCCUGUCCAAGCCGGAGGUGGUCAAACCCGUGCCUUCCCCCGCCCCGCCUGCGCACUCAGUGACCCCCGGCACAGCGUCGUCGUCUGACGUCAGUGCCAGACAGAAAGUGUCGUCGGUGGACUCGAGUGUCGGUAAACCUGUCAGCGCCGCGACACAUAAGCCGGAGCGGCCGCCGGGGAAGGAAUCGGUGAGCGUGACUGAGGCAGACACGUCGGUCAAACAGACCAGUGUGGUGCAGCGAUCGGACGCUCCGGUCACUAAACUGACCAUCAAGACGGAAGUCCUCAGUCUGCCCACCUCCCUCACUGCCACGCCCGGCCGGUCGGCCAAACCGUCAGAAAAGACAUCGGAGGCUGUACCUGUGGUGACCUCCAAGUCGACCCCGUCCCCCGAUGCCCCGCCUCGCCCUCACACCUCUCCCAAAAUCUCGCCAAAGAGUCGCGGUACCGAGUCGGUCCACUCUGCCUCCAGUGACAAAACAACAACCAGCAAAAAGGCAGACGUUCACUUGACCGCUGUCCACCCUCUGCCCAAAACGAUCUCCCAGCCGUCGUCAAAGUCGCGGGCCGUGGCUACGACAUCCACAUCCGGGGGGUCAAGGUCGUCCAGCAGCAGCAUCCUUCAGACGACCAAAAUCACGACACUGAUGCCCAAGUCGAGCUCGGUGACGGCCAAGAGUGGCAUGUACCCCAAGAACUUCUCCUACCCCUCCAGCAUCAACAACAUCCCCUCCUCCCGGAGCUUCCUCCACUCACCCGUCACCCCUCAUCUCUCCAUGAUCAACGGAAGUUUGACCUUUGACCGCGCCAUGAUGGCCAAAGCCUCGUCAGUCAUGCAGACGCCCUUGACAACUUCAUCUUCUUCCUCAUCCUCAUUGUCGUCGUCCACGCCGUCGUCAUCUUCCCACAGCCACAAGUCUUCGUCCUCCUCGGCCCGCCACAAAGACUUGGACAACAAGGAGAAAAGUUCCAAAGUGAAGACCAUUCCUCCACUCUCCAUCCCCAAGUCGUGUCUCAUCGGUACGACCUUGAAGCUUCAGAGGUCGCCGGGCUCCACUGACCACUAUAUCUUCGCGCCCCACUCCUCGUUUAGCGCUGCCGCCUCCCACCACCACAACGGCGAUCGGUCCAAGUCGUCCCGCGACAACAGCAAACACCACAAUGGGGCUCGAACCCCCACCUCCCCGCCCGGCCCCUCGGGAAAGGACGGUGUCUUCAGCGGUGAGAGACAGCGAGUGCCCACCAUCAAAAUCUCCGACAUCAACAGAAAUCCCAUCAUUGUGGACAGUGGCAGCAACCACAACAACAACAACAGCAACAAUAACCACCACCACCACCACCACCAUCACCAGCAGCAACAGCAACAGCAACAGCAACAGCAACACCAUCAGUUCCGUUCAUAUGGCGGGCAUGGAUCCUCUCGCUCCUCCUCCUCCUCCUCCUCUUCCUCCUCCUCCUCCUCCUCUACCCCCGAAAACGGCUGCAGCCGGGGAGUGGGGCGGGCCUCCCUCAGUCGGGGGAGCAGUGACUCAGGCUCUCCCCCCGGGCCCACCGACCGCUCCCCUGCCCGCGACUCCCGCCGUCCGUCCGACUCGGAACUGCUCCUGAACCAGCACUGGCACGGCUACCCGGCAGAGCUCAUCUUUAACGGCUUCAAGAUCCCGCCCACCUCCAAGUUCCCCGACCUUCACUAUGACACAGACGCUAUGCCGCUAGAUUACUCGCAGUCUUCCUCCAAGUCGUAGCUCUCUC